CUUUACGGCAGUGGUACUGAUGCGGGAUGAGUCAGGCGAUAUGAUGCUGCUGCUCCUGCUGCCAUUUCAUCAGCAGCGAAACCCUACAAACACACCACCAAACACAGAAGUGAUACCGCGGGAUUCCCCCCCUCCCUUCUCUCUGACAGCGAGCCUCCUGCAUUCAGAAACGCAUCCGCGCGUCUCGGGUGAGGAAACUGGUUUUUGUCGUGGCUCCGGGUGAACGCGCAAGAUCCGGUUUUUCCAUUUCCAUUUUAUUUGCACCUGCUUUGAAUGCGUUUUUGCCGUUCAGCUCUCGGUCGGGCCCUGCCAUCAACAAGGAAAUCAGUCCACGGCCCUGCUGUGCUCCAGCGUCCGUCUCAACACCGAGGCUCCCGAGGACCAGGAUCCAGACAGACUCGUCGGUGCCAUGGAGCGCACGCCGGCCUGGUCCUGAACGGCGCGAGGAAAAUAAAGAGAGCAACCAUUCCGGCCUAAACUACACUCCUGCUCCAAACAGACAGACGCACCGGUGAGCGAGACAGACGGGCGAAGCCAAGUCAUGGAGGCGAUAUGGCUCUAUCAGUUCCGGCUGAUCGUCAUCGGGGACUCCACGGUGGGCAAGUCGUGUCUGAUCCGGCGGUUCACGGAGGGCCGCUUCACCCAGGUGUCGGACCCCACCGUCGGCGUGGACUUCUUCUCCCGCCUGGUGGAGAUCGAGCCGGGCAAGCGGAUCAAGCUGCAGAUCUGGGACACCGCGGGUCAGGAGCGCUUCAGGUCCAUCACCAGGGCUUACUACCGUAACUCCGUGGGCGGGCUCCUCCUGUUCGACAUCACCAACCGCCGCUCCUUCCAGAACGUCCACGACUGGCUGGAGGAGGCUCGCAGCCACGUCCAGCCCCACAGCAUCGUCUUCCUAUUGGUGGGCCACAAGUGUGACCUGGAGGCCCAGCGCCAGGUGACCCGCCAGGAAGCAGAGAAGCUCGCGGGGGCUUACGGUAUGCGCUACGUCGAGACGUCGGCCCGCGACGCCAUCAACGUGGAGCACGCCUUCACCGAGCUGACCAAGGACAUCUUCGCCCUGGUGCGGUCCGGCGACAUCACAAUCCAGGAGGGCUGGGAAGGCGUGAAGAGCGGGUUCGUCCCCAAUGUUGUUCACUCCUCGGAGGAAGUGACCAAGAGCGACCGCCGCUGUCUGUGUUGAUCUGGGAAGAGUUUUGGGACUGAAGGUGAACAAGGGGGAGGGAUCCAGGAAGGAUUCAGAGGAGAGGAGCUGAAGGACUGCAGGUGUCAGCUCCUCUGCUGUUCUCUGUUCAGACUGGAUACAGAAGGGGUGUUUGAGGACUUUCAAUGAAGGAAGAAGAUGCUGACGAACACCUUGAACAUGGGUGGACACCUGAAGGGUUGUGCCCAUUUCUGUAUGCGUUUUGUUUCUCGGAGAGGAAGGAUCACAGAUGCUCAUUUACUUGCGAGGGCUCCCGUGAUUCAGUUCCUUUAGUUUUGGGCUUCCUGCUUGGAAAUCCCUCCCUAAACGUCUUAGAAAGAGGAUCCAUUUUGGUUUCUUGCCAAUCAUCAAUACAAACUCUCGACGAAUCUGUCUUUCUCCCAUCACCUCGCAUCCCACUACUUCUUAAUCCUCUCCUCUCCUCCAAUAUGCAAUUACAUGAUCACAUACCAAACGAUCACUGUUUACGUUGGUCCGAGCACAUAUCAUUUGAAAAAAGUUACGUCGGCGCCCUCGUCAACAAGAGUCGCGAUUCUCUUGUGCCGACAUUCCACCAUCAGAGGUCAAUGGAGGAGUCCAGGAGGUCCUACGCUUAAUGAGGGAAGAUUUCAAUGAAAUUGACAACAUGGUUAAAUCCACACUAUAACAAACAUCGUCACUCAUCCAGGUCCUGAUAGAGAGAAGAGAGAACGUGUACAGCUUAACUGACAGAGGUGGACUUGUUGGACUUGCUUAACAACACCUCGCUGUCUGCCUUUAACUGGGGACUUGUUAAGGUGGACUAAACGGAGGGUUGGAGCCAGAAAGCACCUUAACAGCCAAGUCCACCUUAACUGUGGAGCCUCAUUUGGGACUUUUGAAGAUGCACGGUGGAGAUUCUUGAAAGCAAAGACCAGACCACCACGGACUCAACAAAAGAACAAUUAUUAUAAUUAUCGACAAUGCACGGACGAUGUAAUCAUGCAAAGAAAGUCCGAUUGGCCGACAUCAAAUCAACCCAACAGACACCGGCACGGGGAAACAGAGCUCAAAGUUUGUCCAGAGCAAGUGGUUUAAAUGCCUUUUCUUUAUUUGUGCGCGCAAUAUCUCAUCAAACCUUUAUUUUCAUUAUAACACACUGCAGUGCUACAGGCUGAUGUACCCGGCAUAGUUACUGACAGUUACACUUUGAAACUACACAUUUUGUAUGGAUCGGGUAGCCAACUGUAAACUGCAACUAAGACUGAUUUGGGAGGCGGGUUUGGAUGCAUUCUAGCCAGAUGUUGAAAUGGUGUAAAUGCAUCUGUCUUGGAGAGACAUACACUCAGUUGCCGGGGUAUUAGGUACAACUAGAUCAUUUUGGAAGAUGUAUUUUGUGGUGCUGGAGUUGUAUUACAUCAUACAGUGAGGCGUUUCUGUUUCUAUACUCUGAGAGAUUAGAGAGGUUCUACCCUAAGGAACCCUUUCUUGAAGAAAGAGGUUUUCAAGGGUUCUUUGUGAGACUAAGGGUUACAUUAAGAACCUUUUUUGAAGAAAAAGUUCUAAAGGAAUAGUGUAUGAGUUUGCCUUCAUUGAUAUAAAUGGCUUCGACAUAAUAUUAGAAACACCUCUCAGUAUGACGCAACAUCAUUUGACACCUCUCUAAAAGGACUCCACACUAACCCUGAACAUUAUAACCCGACAGACUUAUUGUGAGCAAAACGUUUGUGUCGCCAGUAGAGAGUCACACAUGUGACUAAAUCGUAACACGGUUUCAAACUCAACUUUCUGUCCGUUGUGGUUCUGUGUGAAUUGAUCUUUUCGGUAGGUUUUAUUUGAUGUCCGGCCGGUCGCUGAGGUUUCUUUAAAUACCAAGUAAAACCAGUGACUCACUCCGUUACAUGAUAGUUAUAUAAAAGGUGUUUUCAUGUGCGUUGGCGGGCUGAUUACACCAGUAAUCUAGACUCACAUUCAAACUACAUAUUCUUAUGAGAUUAGCUCUGGACCAAAUAUAUUCAUCUGUUUUAUGUUUACAUCAACCGACAUACUCGGACAUAUUUUCUAUCAUUAAAUUAUUGUUUAAAACACUGACAAAGAACCGAGAUUCUCAGCAUUGUAAGCAAUUAAAUGCACCGUCUCUACCUGAAGCGCCCGGAUGGCUCGGUGUAGAUCUGUGUUUCUAUACAUUCUGUUUUCAUGUAAUUGGAUUAGCAUUUUAUUCUUGGUCCUUAAUCUGAUGCACACUCGAUCCUUGCUAUGAUCUCUGCUCUAUUUAUUGCUUUAAUGAAUUCAUCCAAUGCCCCCCCCCCCCCCCCCCGCAGUUCAUCCAUCUUUGCUCCAUCUUUUCACACGGUAUGCCUUCUUUGUCUCCAAAGAGUUCAGCUUGUGUUAUCUUAUUUUUACAUGAAUGUAUCAGCAGGGAAAGUUGUCGUAUAAGAGACGUAUAAAUGAGUCAAAGCAGCGCUCUGAUUGUUAGAAAACAACUUUGACAAAAAGGUGAUUUCGAUGUUUUGAGACUUGAUUGGGAAAUGAUUCAAAUGAUAAUCCACUCCCUGAGUUUAACACGCUGCAUUAUUCCUUAUUGAAAUAAGAGAAAGGCUUUCAGAUACCCGUGUUUAUGAAAUUGGACAUUGAAGGUUUUGUUUUAUCCAACAACUGUUUUCUUUUCUUUGUUUGCUAAAUCUUCGGCCGGACUUUCUACCGACGCACUUUUAAAUGUUCCCAAGUGAACGUGGUGGAGUAGACGGUUCAGGAGUGUCACGGUCUGUGUGGGUGGGCGUGGAUUUAGUCCUCCUCAUGGUCUGCCAAGACCCUCUUCACCAGACGCCAGCCAGCCGGUAGACCGGCUCAGCUGUUGGACAUCUCUAAGCUGCGUUAUGUUCACUCUGGUUCUGGCUUGACUGGUGUCACAUUACUCAUCCAAAUCUCACCAACAGAGCAAAUAAGCUUAUUUCCCAAAACGUUGGACGAUCGAAUGUCUCUCUUCUAAACUGUAUGUUUCUGUUUGUGGCUAACGAGCUGGUUCAACCGCCAAAAUAAUCUGGAGCCCACAUUUCAUUCUAGUAAUCCGAUGAUGAUAUAGAAUCGGGCUCAGCUGAAACUAUUAGUUUGAAUUUUGAAAGAAAAUUGCACAUGCAGCACCUCAUGACUCCCUUUGAUUUAGCUCACAGAUGGUUUAAAGGGGAUGAAGUUUGACCUGUAGCCGUGUUUCCUGCCGACGUGUCAGCCCUGCCAUCAAACGCAUGCAUCUGUUGGGUAACAGCUGUUCCUGCCCUCACAGGAGCCGUUGGUGCAACGACGACGAUGUUUCACUUCUCUUCAACCCUCUGAGCUGUACAGACUGAACUGUACAUCACUGUACAUCACCGUCUUUUGCCCUGCUGGGUUGAAGCAGACAGUCCCUCUUCCUCUGCUCUAGUUAUCUCUCAACAAACUGAAAUGUACUAAAAAAAUGAAUAAAACGUGACUAGAAAAAUAAACUCAUUCUCACUG